CGGAAUCCGACAGCUCCCGGGCCGGCUCGCCCAGAGGGGUCCUUCCAGGAAUCCGGAUGGGCCUGCUCGCCGCGCUCCGGCUUGCCUGGCCGCCGCUCGACCUCAGCUUCGGACCCGAGGGCAGGUCUCUGAGGUUUGGGGGACUCCAUUUCCCCUGGAGUCCAGGAGAGGAAAUGUACCAACACCUCUCCUGAGUAGGGGACACGAACGUACCAGGGCCCAGCUCCUGCUCCGCCUUCCCCCACACCCGCAAUCUCAGGUCACUUUGAAAUCGGCCCUGCCGCUCCCUUCCUCUCUCCUUGGCCAAACACAAUGGGGUGACACUCCCCUACACACACACACACAAACACACACACACACACGCAGGCCCUUCACAAAUCCACUCCUGCGCCUUCGCCUCCCCUCUUCCUUAAUCUGCCCCCCACCCUGCCAGCCCCGGAAGUGCAGAUGAGAAAGGACCGCCAACGGUCCGGCUCCUUCCACACUCCCUGAGCCAUUCCCAGCCUGGCGCAGCACUCCUCCCUGCACUCUGGGGCACUUCGGGGUGCAGGAGCUGGGUGUUAGGAAAGCCUAACUUAAUAAUCUUGAGCUGACCCGACGAUUUUUAAAAUCGGUUCAUCACUUUUCCAAUUUCCAAAACCCAAGACCUCUCUCCCUCCCCUCCGUCUCCCCUGCCCUAGCCUCCUCUCCCUCUCGCUACCCCUAGUCUGGGCCCAUCCCAGGUGCACUAGCUCCGCCCCCAUCGGGCGAGGCCCCAUAGGUGGAAAGAAGUGGGAGGGGUCGCGGCUCCGCCUCUUCCCUCCUCCCCCUACACACGGAAGCUCAGUGGCCCCCGUGCUAGGAUGUCCUACUCCUGGGUCCUCAGCCUCGCACCCUCCUUGCUGCUCAGCCUGCUGGCCGGCCUCCAACAGGUGAGAGCUUGGGAAGCUGCAGCCAAUUGUGGUUUCUUCACCUGCCCCAAAGGAUUUAAAUGCUGUAGAGAAGGCUGCUGCCAGGAGAAUGAGUUCUUCUCCGGCCCCUUUAGGAUCUUCAUCAUCAUCCUCCUGGUCAUCAUACCCCUCUUGUGCAUCUGCGGCCUGGCUAAGCGCUUCUGUCGCAACUGCACAGAGCCGGAACAGAAUCUCAUGAUGGAGCACCAGGCACCCCCAGAGGUGGCCCCCACGGCACCCCCAGAGAGGGUCAUGGCACCCACUUUUGAGCCUCCACCUCCCUACAGCGAGAUUAUUCUGAAGCCCACCCUGGGCCUGCCCCCUACAGAGCCGCCACCUCCCUACAGCCUCAGGCCUGAAGAAUACACUGGGGCACGGAGGGGCAUUGACAACCCGACCUUCUGAGCCACCUCCAGCCUGGCAUCUUGCCGUCAGCAGCCUCCUCUUCAAGGCCUGGAUCAAGCCAGAGACUUCUGGGACUCCUGGAACGCUCCCGCCCACCUUGCCACAUCUUUGGCCACCCUGGAUUUAACUUAUUGCUUUUCCCACCCUUGUUCCAUGACAGCUGCCUCUCUUGUCCGGAGGGCUGGAUGGGAACAACAAUAUCUGCCCACACCCUCAACUCACGUUAGGGGUUGCCAAGACGAAAAUACCAAAAGUUGGAGGUGUUGGACAGAGGAGCGCUCCUGGAGGUAUGCACAUCUCGACUGGACGGCCCGCUCUGAGAUGUGGGGACGCUCUGUCCUGGUGGGAGACUGGGCCAGAUGAUCUCUGAGCCACCUUCCAGUCCUGCCUGCGUGGCCAGGACCCCACUGUGCCCCGCCCCCUGCACAAGGCUCCUGUGCUCACUAAACCCGAUUGACUGUGGCUGCGUCUGCCUCUGGCUAUGCGAGGAGGGGUCCAGGGAGGGGAGUCCAGGCGCUGCUGGGCGCGGGGGCGGGGAGAUCGCUGGGCACAGUCCUGCCGUUGACGAGCCUUCCAGAAGCCAUUCUGAUAGCCAUUCUAAGAGGACAGUUCACCGUUGGCCACUGCGGGGAGAGGCUUGGAUUUCCAGGUCCUCAAGGACUCGGGUGAUGAGAGCCUGCGAAUGGGGUGGGAGUGACUGUUUUCUGGCCCCCCCUGCUCACCCUUUUUGAUAAAAGAGACAUGACCCAGAGCUGAGCUCCCGGACUGACUCACCAGGAGCUGGGGAGAAGUGGUCUGGGAGGGGCUGGGUCCAUGAAGCAGAGGACCAGACCGGCUGGAAAUGACGUACUAGGAGGAGGCCGGGGAGGAGGUUGAGGGAGGG